AGACAUUUCCAUUCUCAUGGGAGGCCCGCAUUCAUUCCGUGGGUUUUUAAACACAUUUCAUCUGGCAUUUUUACAUUUGCUUUUAACAGUAAUUCACAAGAAACUGGAGGGUGCUGAAGGAUAAAUGCCCGCAUAUGUUGACGUGGAAUGCUCGCCAUGACCCUCCGCUCCAGUCAUUGGCAGGCUGGGACUGUAGCCAGACCCGCCUCCACAGCAGGCCCUCACGUUUACAUGUAGAGUUUUGACCAGAGAAACCCCUUUUCUAGAGAGCUUGCAUUUAUUGUGACUGGUCCUUCUGUUUCCUUGGUGUAUUGGACAGUGAUUUCCGCCCGUGGGGUUUGCUCAGUCCCGGGGGCUCACUGUGUGCCGGGCGCCUUCCCCCCUCCCUGCAGAUGGUCUCCAUCCCCGCCGGCGUGUUCACGAUGGGCACGGAUGACCCUCAGAUCAAGCAGGACGGGGAGGCGCCCGCCCGGAGAGUCACCGUGGAUGCCUUCUACAUGGACGCCUAUGAAGUCAGUAACGCCGACUUCGAGAGGUUCGUGAACGCCACCGGCUACCUGACCGAGGCUGAGAAGUUCGGCGACUCCUUCGUCUUCGAAGGCCUGCUGAGCGAGCAGGUGAAGGCCGGCAUCCAGCAGGCGGUGGCGGCUGCUCCCUGGUGGUUACCUGUGAAAGGCGCCAGCUGGCGACACCCAGAGGGGCCCGACUCGACUGUCCUGCACAGGCCGGACCACCCGGUCCUGCACGUCUCCUGGAACGACGCGGUGGCCUACUGCGCGUGGGCCGGGAAGCGCCUGCCCACGGAGGCCGAGUGGGAGUACAGCUGCCGCGGGGGCCUGCACGACAGACUCUUCCCCUGGGGCAACAAACUGCAGCCGAGGGGCCAGCACUAUGCCAACCUCUGGCAGGGCGAGUUUCCUGUGACCGACACCGGCGAGGACGGCUUCCGCGGCACCGCGCCCGUCGAUGCCUUUCCUCCCAACGGCUACGGCUUGUACAACAUCGUGGGGAACGCGUGGGAGUGGACGGCGGACUGGUGGGCCGUGCGCCAUUCUGCUGAGGAGGCACUUAACCCAUCCUAUUGCUACAGGUACCGCUGUGCGGCCCGAAGCCAGAACACCCCCGACAGCUCCGCCUCCAACCUAGGAUUCCGCUGCGCCGCCGACCACCUGCCCAUCACCAGCUGAGCCCAAGCAGAGCCGCCCCAGCCCAGGAGAAGGCGUGUCCAACCCACGCUCGGCCUCCCUGGGCAGGACGGGCCACCCGUGUACAGACACCCGGGGCGGGGCGGACCCGCCAUCUGCCAAAGGAACCGCCUGUGAGACCAAAUCACUGACCUGCACCAGCACGUGACCGGCGUGCUGAGAUCGGGACCAUUGCCAUGCUUCCCUUUGGGGGACUUUUAAAGAGGAGGGGGUGGAGGGAGCCCGGAGCGAGGCUUCGGGGGCUGUGCUCUCCCCAGGCGCUGUCUGGGGUUAGACCCCAGGUCCACGGUGACCGUCGGCCAGGGAUGGGGAGCGGGGGCCUCUGCGGCUCCCGGUUCUACAUGUCAGAGUAGUGAUUGCACAGGGGCGUCUGUGGCGGGUCAUUUCUGAGCUGUUCCCCACGUGUGACCUUUCGUGAUUCUAAUCAUGUGACAUCAGUCUCUGGGUUCUUCUCGGGGAGGGUGGGCGUGGCCCCGAGUCCGACCGUCACUUGCACUUUGUUUGUCAAGGACAAGAGUGUGGUUCACGCUGUUACGAUGACUCCCGUGGGCUGUGCCCGUGGGUUUAGGGUCAGCUUUCUGGACACACAGGACGUCCGCGGGUGACUCUACUGAGCUUUAUCUUUAACGUUAAGUGCCUUUGGUUCAGGGGGGCAGUCACAGCCCCAGCCCCCCUCCCCAAAGCCUUCUGAGGGUGUGGGUGUGGGUGUGGGUGUGGGUGUGUGCCAAACCAAGAAGCCUGCUGAACCCAGACGCAGGAGCGGCGGCGCGAGAGCGGGGGCUGCGUUCUGGGCCCCAAGUGUGUAAGGGAAGCAGGCCCGCCGGCGGUGGGGUAGAUGCCUGAACGCGCGCCACGUGGAAUAAACUGUCUGCCAAGUCCGCCUUCACGCUCACGGCUCCUCUCUGUU